CUGGAGCUGAGCAUGCGCAGUAGCGUCCCGUCGGUAGCGGCCUGGUGGGAAAAGGAAACGGGCACCGUCGGAUCCGUCCGGGCCGAGUCUUCGUGUCCGCCGCCGCCAUGGCUCGCGACGUGAAGAGCAAACUGUCCAAGAACCUGAUGCGCAUGAAGUUCAUGCAAAGGGGCUUGGAUUCGGAAACCAAAAAGCAGCUCGAAGAAGAGGAAAAGAAGAUCAUCAGCAAGGAACACUGGUUCCUGGAUUUGCCAGAACUGAAAGAGAAAGAGAGCUUCAUAAUAGAAGAACGAAGCUUUCUGCCGUGUGAGGAUCUGCUCUACGGAAGAAUGUCGUUCAAAGGCUUCAACCCGGAAGUUGAGAAGUUAAUGAUCCAGAUGAACUCGAGGUUCAGGACGGAAGAAAUCGAAGAGGAAGCU